GGGUGGGAAUUCUCAGUCGGACUGCUUCUGAAGACGGACCGGACGUAGCGUGAGGUUAUUGAGCGGCUUUCAGAAGUGGAGCAUCUGAGGAGAUUUAAUCGCGUCUGUUCUCCUGCCAGGAAAGUUUUGUCUUGACUGAAAGUUGUUUGCUGAACAGACGAGAUGUUGAGAAGUGCUUCAUUGCAGAUCUUCCGGCAGCUGGUGAGACACAGGAGCACAGAUGCAAAUCUCAUCCUGGAAAGAUCGAUAAACCGCGUGCAGCUGCUGGGGCGAGUCGGGCAGGACCCAGUGAUGAGACAAAUGGAGGGUCGGAACCCCGUCACCAUCUUCUCACUGGCGACCAAUGAGAUGUGGCGCUCUGGGGACGGAGAAACGAGCUCUACAGGAGACGUCAGCCAGAAGACGACGUGGCAUCGCGUCUCGGUGUUCAAACCGGGUCUGAGGGAUGUCGCCUACAAUUAUGUCAAGAAAGGGUCCAGGAUUCUAGUGGAGGGAAAACUGGAUUAUGGAGAAUAUGUGGACAAAAACCAAGUCAGACGCCAGGCCACCACCAUCAUCGCAGACAACAUUGUUUUCCUGAGCGACAACAUCAGAGACCGAACCUGAGGGAUGUUUUCCUCCUCACAUCCAGCUACGGAUAAAAACAACUUGUAGUUUCACUUUUCUUCUUCAAACCAAAAUAAGACUUGAGGACUACCAACUGUUUAGUAUGAGGGGGGGACAUAAGCCGGGAUCAUGUUUGACUGUGAGGCCCCCUGCUGGCAGAAAUGAAGACGUUCAAGAGGAGCAGAAAGAAGCUCUGUCCAUAAAAAGUUUGAUUUCUCUAUAUGUACAUAGCAUCGCUUAAAAUAAAUAAGGCCUGUUCUGUGUUUUCCACUGUAGAAAUCAUGACACGGAUUAUUUAAUUCAUCCAACUCGCUUCAAAGUUUCUUCUUAAAGGGGACCUAUUAUGCAAAACUCACUUUUUGUACAUUUUUAUACUUCCAUUUGGGUUUCUACUGCUUAUAAAGGCAGCAUGAAGCUUAAAAAACACCAAUUUAUUUUUGGUAAUAAAUUAAUGUUGUUUUUUUUUAUCUCUAGAAAAUGAGCCGUUUGAAAAACCUUCUGAAUGUUAGAAGGCAGAAGGCGCUGUGCCGUCACCUGGCAACCACAGUGGAGUUAUAUGAGUUACCUAGCAACCCAAGUAGAGUUCUAGCACGUUCGGUCAGCUGUUUUUAAAUGCUGUACAGUGGCUGCUGGAAAAGACAAGUUUUUUGUUGUUGACUUUGCAAAAAUACAAAUUCCACUAAGAUUUAUGGUCUUGUAGCUUAUAACUAGUCCGUUUUCAUUCAAUAUUAAGAAAUUAUUGACUUAAAAUGAGGUCCUAUGCCUUGCUGAAAAGUUAGUUAUAUGUUAGUUUUGUCUUAUUUUAAAUGUUCUAAGACAUUUGCAUGAGAAACAUACUUGGUGAUAUUUUUAUUUUUUUGCAGUGUACCAUCCAGAAACCACCUGCUGCAUUCUUGGUGGUUGUGCAGGAGGCUCUACUUCUGCUUCUCAAAGAUAUACGGUUGUAAAAUGGCACAUCUGCAGCCAUUUUGACGUGUGAGUGAAAACGUUGAGUUGGGGGGUGUGGACACCAGCACAUUAUUUGGAUUUAAAGUGACAGGACCAGAAACAGCUCAUAGCCGGAACUGAGCAGAGCAAAAUCUAAUUAUCUAAGAAUGAUUUUGUUCAAAAUUAUGUAAUGAACAUAAACGUAUCUUAACCUGUUCUAGAAAGCAUAAUAGGUCACCUUUAAGUUUAGCUUUAAAGACUGAAAGCUCAGUAGAGCAAUUCUUAUUUGUAUUAAAGGGACAGUGUUAUGUAAAAUUGACUUUUUGAGGUUUAUAUUGUGUUAAAAUGUUAUUCCCCAUAGAGUUUUACUUUGAUUUUUUUUCACGAUUGUCUGAGAACUCCUUUAAUCUUUUGUGACAACAAUUCAUGGGUACCUAAACACUUCAAAACACCUUCUUAGCUCCUUCAGACUAGCCAAAAGCAAUUAGCAAACACCUGCUGAAACUGCGCAUCUGCUAAGUUCAUAUUACGAACUACUGUACUACACAGUACAGCGCUCCGAAGAAUAGUUAGAAAUGGUGUAAAGGAGGAGCAUUCUUGUGAUAAUGCGCAGAAGGCGGAGUGUCGGAGAGGGGAGGGGCUUCUUAAAGAAACAAAAGCCCAAUUUCAAGGCGUUUAAUUACAAAAUAAAAAUUUUUAGUUAUGUUUCAAGAUUUCCCCCAGAAAACUUGCUACGCCUGGUUUCUGGGGCUAGGACAGUCAUUCAUCUAGCGGGCUGUCAAGUUUUUGAGUUAAAAAAUGUUUAAAGUUGACAGGAAAUUUGAAAAUAACACUUGAUAAUUAUGUGUUAUUGAAAGAUUGUAAGAUCAAUACCUGAACACCAACUAUAAAGUCUUGAAAAAUGCUAAUAUUUUUUAAAAACACAAAUAAGCAAUAUUAAGCCUGGUGGGGGCACAAGCAAAGCCUGGCCGCCCGCCAGGCUUAAUCCACUGGGGGGAACCCUGUGUUUGAUAUAUAGAGCAUUUUCAUAACAACUGGAGGUUGCAUGGUGGAUUAUGCUAUAAAAUGCCUGGAAUAUACAAAAUGGCAUCCCUUUGAAGAACAGUAUUAAGCUGAUUUAUUUUUAAUUGAAGUCAAUCUUUUGAUUUUUCUUUUACUAAAAAGGAAUUUACCAACUAAGACAGCAAGACAUUUGUCUACAGUCUGGAAAACCUCAUAUUUUUGCAGGCUUCAUCUUUUUUUUUUUUUUUUUUUUUGCACAAUAAACCGACAAUAUCCAUCCACA